UUUAACUGUCAUUGAUCUUAACUGAUUUGUAAUAUUCUGCAUACAGGAAUUCAUUCGAACAAUAUCUGGAUGUAUCAGGAUGUCGUUGUCCGCGGCGCUGAUGCCGCAGCAGCGACCGCCAUGCAACCGAAAGAGCGCCCAGAUCUUUGCCAGAAUAUUGGAGCAGCGCUAUGGUAAGUGGAGUUAUAUGAACAGCAGAAGUAUAUGCCGCAGUACACAGGCCGUUGUCGAGCAGCAGUUGCAGCAUAUGAGAUGUGUCGACCAGCAGCUGAGCAGCCUCAUUCAAACGCAGCGACGAGGCAGCCUCUUGGCCCUGCAGCAACAGCAGCUGCUGGCUCUGCAUCGCGACGACUAUCGCAUCUAUCCGCAGAGCGUGGACUUGGAUUCGUUCUUUGGCGAGCAGGAGAAGUGCGAUAAGGUAUCGGAUGUCUGUUUGCUCAACGAUCACUUCAUACUGGUCAAGAUGCCGCAGCAGGAACAGGAGCAGGGGCAGCAGGCGUCGAAGCCCGAACUGCAACGGAAGCUGAGCUCCCGUUUGCCUCGUUGCUUCAGGUGUAAUCGCAGCAAUCGCGUUUCGCCCAUUCUGGAGGAACUGGAGGAGCCCGAACCACUGGAUUACAAGCCUUGGAUUGCCCAGGAUGAUGAUGAUGAUGUCGAGGUCUUCAACUCCAGCACACGCAUUAUACCCGUCCACAGUCAGCAGCAAAUGCAGGCCAUUUCGUUGCCAACUCACAGAGCUGCGGAGGAUUCGGUGAUAGCGGAGCAGCCGCUGCCACAGCCGCAGCCGCAGCUACAGCUGGAUACACUGCAGACUUCCCCUCCAGCUGCUGUCUCUGCACAUCCCAUCAGUCGUGGUCCCUUCCACUGGUUCCUCUGGCCCUUUCGACGGCGUCUGCAAAGACGCACCAAGCCGCCGCGCACUGCCGUCCACAAGACGUACUUCAUCACUUGGAACAAGCCGCCGGAUACGCUGUGGCAUGGCUACGGCGUAGAGCGUGUCCUGGAGCACAAAGGCGUGCUACGUCGUUGUCGUUCAGCCAUAUUUUGAAUUGAUUUCUGGAGAAAUUGAUCUCUGUAUAUUUUGUAUAUAUUAUAUUUGAGGAAAUCUCGCAAAAGACCAAAAUGAACCUAAGAUAAGAUUCAAUAAA